AGCGCGCCCCCGAUGAACGUCAGGGGCGCGCUUGAUCUGGGAGUGACGCGGCUGCGCGGCACCUGCAGUUGCUUUAUAAGAAAAAGGGUCAACACACCGAAAAAAGUAACGGAAAUCGCUGUCACUCAGGUGCAAGAGGAGGCUGCAACUUGGAGACCGAUUCUCAAUCAGGUCCCGUCAUGAGCGGAAAGUCGCUGCUGCUGAAAGUGAUCUUGCUGGGGGACGGCGGGGUGGGGAAGAGCUCCCUGAUGAACAGGUACGUCACAAACAAGUUCGACUCGCAGUCCUUCCACACCAUUGGGGUGGAGUUCCUGAACCGGGACCUGGAGGUGGACGGGCGCUUCGUCACACUGCAAAUCUGGGACACGGCCGGGCAGGAGCGAUUCAAGAGCCUGCGUACUCCCUUCUACCGUGGGGCCGACUGCUGCCUGCUCACCUUCAGCGUGGACGACCACCAGAGCUUCGAAAACCUGGGCUGCUGGAAGAAAGAGUUCAUCUUCUACUCUGACGUGAAGGAGCCAGAGAGAUUCCCCUUUGUCAUCCUGGGGAACAAAGUGGACAAGAGCGAGAGGCAGGUGACCACAGAGGAAGCCCAGAUCUGGUGCCAGGAAAAUGGCAGCUACCCCUAUUUCGAAACGAGCGCCAAGGAUGACACAAAUGUGGAGGUGGCUUUUGAAGAGGCUGUGAGGCAGGUACUGGCUGUGGAGGAGCAGCUGGAGCACUCCAUUCUGGGGAACACCAUCGACCUCCACGGCAACCGCAAAGCUUCCUCUUCUUCCUGCUGCUGAGACUGAGUGGAUGGCGCCUACCGGUCAGUUCCCCCUCUGUGUCUCUCAGCUCACCUUGUUGGCAUCAGUGGUUUCUUUACCUUGGCUGCUGAAGCUGUUUAAGAAAGGGGUCAGGGAGGAAGAAUCUGAUGUAUUGUGUGAUACAGAUCUGUAUUUUUAGGUAGGCUGUCCGGCUGUGGAGUUGACGGCCCACCAGUUCAACAUGGUAGGGUGCUUCAAAAAUGGAUAUAUGGAGGCUGCAAAACAGUAUAGAAUAAAUGGCUGAUCUGGAACCAUUUCCUAGCCUUCCGGGCAUAUAAUUAUAUAAUAAAUGUAAGCUGUUUGAUGAGCUGUAUUGGAAAGGAGACACAAUAAAGCCAGACGAGGAUCCUGUUUUUCAGUGGUACAGCGAAUGAAAAGUUUGCUUUUAGAGAGAGAAUUCCAGUACAGUCUAACUCUCUACUAAGAACCCCUGUGAAAAUCAGCACAGUCUGAUAGCUCUUGAAGAGCAUCUAACUGUCUUUCUGUUCAUAGACCCCCAGUGAGCUGGAAUGAACUCCUACUUCUUUUCUGGCCUUCCAGGCUAAUCAUGAUUGACCUGAACUGCUGUGGCUACCAGAUCUUAAAGAUGGGGUAACCAAGUUAAAAUGGCUCGGUAAUUUACAUGUAUAAUCAAUGUCUUGCUUUGUUCAUUCUCCACUUUGCUGCUGUUAACAAGACUGGAUUGACAGCCGGCGUGGGCUUUUUAUGCACAAGUCAGUAGUUUGUAUCGGACCGGUGUAUUUAAAGGGAAUUUUUUAGGGGCGAUCUUCAAUUUUAUAGUUUUGCUUGGCAUUGUGUUUGCAAAACUUUUUACAUUUUAUAUCGAUUUAUUUAAAUAAUUGUUUGCAAGGGUUGUAAAGUGACCUGGGGGGGGGGGGGUUUGGGGGGUUCCAGCUUUUACAUAUUUGACUAAACCUAAACUUCUUGGCAUUUUUCAGUUACUUUUUUUUUUUUUUUUUUGUCUGUGAAAUGCAUGGAACAAUAUUAUCCAGGUACUAGCAGUGUGCUAACAUGCAUUGUUGUAUUUAUUAAUCAAGUAAAUGGUAUAAUGAGUUUCUCCAUAUGAAUCUCAAGUGACAUUUCAGGUGAUAAAGGUAUGUUUACAUUCCAUAUUUGUCCGUAGCAUUGCAUGUCUAACAUAAAACAGUAAUGAGCCAAAGUACCCUAUGAUACACUGUGAUCAAAACUGUCAUUUCAGGCCUUGCAUUGUUUAUUUGACUCCGUCCCUUAAGAUAGAUAGACUAGACUUUAAAAUUCCAUUUCACUGUUUGUUUAUUCCUAGUACCUCUUCACUAGACAAAUGGUCCAACAGCAGCUAGGCCACUGGACAGAAUUUGACAAACAGCAACAGAAGUGAUUGACAUUUCAAAGAUUUGAUCGGUACUUACAAAAACACACACGAUUUGUAUUGCUACACUAAACACUUUUAUGUUAUAACCUUGACUCCUGGCUGUGCCUGCCCCUACCUGCAAGUUCGGUUUCAGUAGUUUGAGGUUAUUUGCUGCUGUUUUGUAUUUGCUUCACUACUAAAAGUAAAAUGUAAUAUUUUUUUAUCUAUGUCUAAUGCUGAUACUGUAUAAAGAAGAUACUAAACUAGAAAGCUGUGUACUUCUGAACUAGACCUAGAUGCUGACAAGCUAGUCUUUGUCAUGUGAGGUCCUAUCAACGUUCACAGGUAUCCUUGUACUUAAAAGCAAAGACUGAGGUGA